AUGUCUAACCUGUAUUCCACAGAGCCGACGCCCACUGGCAAGGUCGUGGUGGACACGACCGCGGGCGAAAUUGAGAUCGAGCUGUGGGGCAAGGAGAACCCCAAGGCUGUCCGCAACUUUGUCCAGCUCGCCAUGGAAGGGUAUUACGACGGCGUAAUCUUCCACCGCGUGGUGAAGGGUUUCAUUGUGCAAACUGGCGACCCAACCGGAACGGGCAGGGGAGGCGAGAGCAUCUACGGCGAGCCGUUCCAGGACGAGAUUCACAGCCGCUUGAAGUUCAACCGUCGCGGUCUGGUAGGCAUGGCCAACAAUAGCAAGCGGCAUACGAACAACUCGCAAUGGUUCAUUACGCUCGAUCGCGCAGACGAGCUCAACGGGAAGCAUACGCUCUUCGGGCGCAUCCAGGGACCGACGUACUACAAUGUCCUCAAUAUCGGAAACCUCGACGUCGACGCGGAGGAGAAGCCGUUGGUACCGCCAAAGAUUAAGGGCAUUCGUAUAAUUGAGAAUCCGUUUGACGACAUCGUGCCCCGGAUCACAGCUGCUGAUAAGCGGGCACAGCAGCAGGCGCGUAUCGAGGCCAAAGUGGAGAUGGAGAAGCGCGAGAAACGGGCUCGGGCUAAGAAGAAUACCGGCCUGCUGUCGUUUGGUGAGGCAGAGGAGGAGGAUGUGAGUGCUGUGACGGUGAAGAAGAAAGACAUGGGCCGACGCGACCUUGUCACUUCGUCCGGCUCCGGCAAGGAGAAGAAGUCGAAGACGCCUCUGCCUGAUCUGUCCGAGGAGGCACCAGAAGUUGCAGGGGAGCAGCCUAAGCAACGAGCCACCGAACGCGCACGUAACAUUGUGGACUUCAAGUCGAUUCGGGAGCAACAUGAGCGGGAGCGGUCAGGCAAGAGCUCAUCAAGGAAAGAGGACAUCGAGCGAAUGCAGGAGGACCUGCGGAUGAUGAAAAAGCGUAUGGGGCAGGACUCGGAUACGGAUUCGGAAGAUGAGGAGGAGCGACGGAAGCGGCGGCGAGGACCUUCAGCCCUGGAACAAGAGCUGGCCAAGUAUAAACACGCGCGCGGGCGAGCUGCGCGGGAAAAGUGGAACCCAAAGGACAAGCGGUCCAAGGAUGACGACCUACUGCGUGACCUGGGCAUGUUCAGCAAGAAGGUCAUGGAGGCUGAGGCGGACGAGGAGCCGAUGGACAACAGCGGCAACGCAGGGGAGGCGGGUCUCGAGGUGGAUGACGACGUGGGAUGGCUGCGACACUCUCUCAAGUUCGAGCACGAGAUCUCGGACGAGACGCGUCGGGCUGAGGACGAGUACGAGGUCAUUGAUCCGCGAGCAAAAGCACGCGCAGUGGCCGCUGAGGAGGAGCGGGCGACCAAGGCUAAGAGGAGGCGCGAUCAGUAG